AUGUAUCAAAAGUUGGCCCUCAUCUCGGCCUUCUUGGCUACUGCUCGUGCUCAGUCGGCCUGCACCCUCCAGGCGGAAACUCACCCGCCUCUGACAUGGCAGAAAUGCUCAUCUGGUGGCACUUGCACCCAACAGACAGGCUCCGUGGUCAUCGACGCGAACUGGCGCUGGACUCACGCCACCAACAGCAGCACGAACUGCUACGACGGCAAUACUUGGAGCUCAACCCUGUGCCCUGACAAUGAGACUUGCGCGAAGAACUGCUGCUUGGACGGUGCUGCCUACGCGUCCACGUACGGAGUCACCACGAGCGCUGACAGCCUCUCCAUUGGCUUCGUCACUCAGUCUGCGCAAAAGAACGUCGGCGCUCGUCUCUACUUGAUGGCGAGUGACACGACCUAUCAAGAAUUCACCCUGCUUGGCAACGAGUUCUCUUUCGAUGUUGAUGUUUCGCAGCUGCCAUGUGGCUUGAACGGAGCUCUUUACUUCGUGUCCAUGGACGCGGAUGGUGGCGUGAGCAAGUAUCCCACCAACACUGCCGGUGCCAAGUACGGCACGGGCUACUGUGACAGCCAGUGCCCUCGUGAUCUCAAGUUCAUCAACGGCCAGGCCAAUGUUGAGGGCUGGGAGCCGUCCUCUAACAAUGCCAACACGGGCAUUGGCGGACAUGGAAGCUGCUGCUCUGAGAUGGAUAUCUGGGAGGCCAAUUCCAUCUCUGAGGCUCUUACUCCUCAUCCUUGCACGACCGUCGGGCAGGAAAUUUGCGACGGUGACUCCUGCGGUGGAACCUACUCGGGUGACCGAUAUGGCGGUACUUGCGACCCUGAUGGCUGCGAUUGGAACCCAUAUCGCUUGGGCAACACCAGCUUCUAUGGCCCCGGCUCCAGCUUCACGCUUGACACCACCAAGAAGUUGACCGUCGUCACUCAGUUCGAGACUUCGGGUGCCAUCAACCGAUACUAUGUCCAGAAUGGCGUCACUUUCCAGCAGCCCAACGCCGAGCUCGGUGAUUACUCUGGCAACUCGCUCGACGAUGACUACUGCGCGGCUGAAGAGGCGGAGUUUGGCGGCUCCUCUUUCUCGGACAAGGGCGGCCUUACUCAAUUCAAGAAGGCUACUUCCGGUGGCAUGGUCCUGGUCAUGAGCCUGUGGGAUGACUACUACGCCAACAUGCUGUGGCUGGACUCUACCUACCCGACGAACGAGACCUCCUCCACCCCCGGUGCCGUGCGUGGAAGCUGCUCCACCAGCUCCGGUGUUCCUGCUCAGCUCGAGUCCAACUCUCCCAACGCCAAGGUCGUAUACUCCAACAUCAAGUUCGGCCCCAUCGGCAGCACCGGCAACUCUAGCGGCGGAAACCCUCCUGGCGGAAACCCUCCCGGCACCACAACCACCCGCCGCCCGGCUACCUCCACUGGAAGCUCUCCCGGCCCUACUCAGACGCACUAUGGCCAGUGCGGUGGAAUUGGAUACUCGGGCCCCACCGUCUGCGCGAGUGGCAGCACUUGCCAGGUCCUGAACCCCUACUACUCUCAGUGCUUGUAA